ACAACACACCGCGCGCGCGAUGACCUCGCCCGGGCACUCCUCGUCGGGGCACGAGAUGCACGAGGCCGGCGACGUGCUGGGCGCGCCGGCGCCGGCCGUCGAGCGUGGCGCACCGGUGCGCAAGACAUCGACGACGUUCCACGAGCCGCCAGACUACCGCGGCGCCGACCUCGACCUCGAGGGCGGGCAGGGCGCCACGCGCCAGACGCGCACCUUCUCGCGGCGAGAGGCGAGCCGCAUCGAUAGCGCGCACUUCUUCGGAGGAGACGUGGCCGCUGAGAAGCAGGAGCUGCAUCUGGAGCGCUUCGCCAGCCAGAAGGGCAAGGACCAGAUCGUCGUGCACUGGGAGGGCGAGAACGACAGCGAGAACCCUCUGACGUGGAGCUUUGCGUACAAGUGCUACCUGACCGUCUGCGCCGCCGUGCUCGUGCUCAACUCGACGUUCACGAGCUCGUGUCCCUCUGGCAUCGUCACGCAGAUGGAGGAGUACUUUGGCUUUGGGCAGAUCGUCGGCAUCCUCACCAUCUCACUCUGGGUCGCCGGCUACUGCCUCGGCCCCUUGAUCUGGGGCCCGCUGUCGGAGCGCAUUGGACGGCGGCCAGUUUUCCUCAUCUCGAUCUUUGCCUACACAAUCUGGAACGUCGCCUGCGCGCUGGCGCACAACACGCCCUCGAUUCUCGUCUUCCGCUUUCUGGGCGGCGUCUUUGGCGCCGCGCCCCUCACGACGUCUGGCGGCACGAUUGCCGACGUGUGGGACGCCAAGCGGCGCGGCAUUGCGCUCUCGCUCUUCUCCGUCGCGCCCUUUGCCGGCCCGGCGCUGGGCCCGAUCGUCAGUGGCGCCAUCAGCGUCACGGGCACGUCGUGGCGCUGGGUGUACUGGGUGUGCGCCAUGUUCUCCGGCGCCUGCUUCGUCAUUGUGUUCGCCACGAUGAAGGAGACGUACGCGCCCGUGAUUCUCAAGCGCAAGGCGCAGCGCAUCCGCAAGGAGACGGGCAGCAGCAUCUACGUGGCGCCCCUCGAGCUCACGCCGCUGCACGCAAAAACGCUGCUGCACGACACGCUCCUCUUCCCCUUCGCCAUGCUCCUCCGCGAGCCCAUCCUCGCCGCCAUGGCGCUGUACCUCGGCUUCGUCUACGGCCUCAUCUACCUGCAGUUCGAGGCGUUCCCGAUUAUCUUCCAAACGCCGCAGCCGCAGGGCUACGGGUACAACGGCCUGCUGGGCGGCGUCUGCUUCCUCUCGCUCUUCACCGGCGGCGUCAUCGGCUGCAUCUUCUACGUCGUGUUCUUCAACCCGCGCUACGUGCGCCUCGUCGACGAGUACGCCGCCAAGGGCCAGCGUGUGCCUCCCGAGGAGCGCCUGUACGUCGUGUGCAUCGCGGCGCCGUGUCUCGCCGCAUCGUUCUUCUGGAUCGGCUGGACGGGCAAGCCGUCGAUCUCGGCCGCGUCGCCGCUGUGCGCCGGCGUGCUGCUCGGCUUUGCCAUCCUGCUCAUCUUCCUCGGCCUCUUCAACUACAUCGUCGACACCUACCUCUCGCGCGCCGCCUCUGCGCUCGCCGGCAACACCGUCGUGCGUUCGGCGUUCGGCGCCGGCUUCCCGCUCUUCGCGGGGCAGAUGUACAACCGCCUCGGCACGCCGUGGGCGUCGAGCCUGCUCGGCUUCCUCGCCGUGGUGCUGGGCGUCGUGCCCUUCGUGCUCGUCGCGUACGGGCCAAAGAUUCGCGCGCUCUCGAAGCACGCGGCCGACUAGCGACUGGCGCGAGACGACAGG